AGCUUGAGUCACCUCGACCUCGGCAGAGCUUAGAGUCAUCCUCGAACCUCGCAGAGCUUGAUUCCACUCUGACCCUCGGCAUACUAGUCUCCUCGACCCUCGGCAGCUCUUUGAGUCAUCCUCGACCCUCGGCAGAGCUUGAGUCAUCCAUCCUCGACCCUCGGCAGAGCUUGAGUCCCUCUCGACCCUCGGCAGAGCUUGAGUCCAUCCUCGACCCUCGGCAGAGUUUGGUCAUCGCUCUACCCUCGGCAGAGAUUGAGUCCUCCUCGCACCCUCGGCUGAGCUUGAGUCACCGCCCUCGACCCUCGUCAGAGCUGAGUUUCAAACCCCUCGACCUCGGCUGGCUUGAAGUUCCCCCUCGACCCUGGCAUAGCUUGAGAUCAAGCCUCGACCCUCGGCAGAGCUUGAAGCUUGAGUCAAACCUCGACCCCUCGCUGAGCUUGAGUCACCCUCGACCCUCGGCAGAGCUUGAGUCACCCUCAACCCCUCGCUUGAUCUUGAAGCUUGAGUCAUCCUCUAACCUCGCAAGCUUGAGUCAGCCCUCGACCUUCCGCCAGAGCUUGAGUUACCUCAGAACCCUCGGCAGGCUUGAUCACCCUCGACCCUCGGCAGAGCUUGAAUUCACCCCCUCGCUCUCGAGCUUGAGUCAACCCUCGACCCUCGCAGAGCUUGAGUCACCUCACCCUCGUCACAGCUUGAGUUUGCCUCGCCCUCGGACUAGCUUGAGUCACCCUCGACCCUCGGCAGAGCUUGAUCACCCUCGACCCUCGCAUAGCUUUAGUCACCCUCGACCCUCGGCAGAGCUUGUGAGUCAGCUCGACCCUCGGCAGAGCUUGAUCAACCCUCGACCCUCGGCAGAGCUUGAGUCAGCCUCGACCCUCAGCUUGAGUCAUCCCUCUAACCCUCGGCUGAAGCUUGAGUCACCUCGGACCCUCGUCCAAGAGCUUGAGUUCACCCUCAGAACCCUCGGCAAGCUUGAGUUAGCCCUCGACCUCGGCAGACUUGAUCACCCUCGACCCUCGGCAGAGCUUGAGUCACCCUCUACCCUCGCUUGGUCCACUCUCGACCGCUCGGCAGAGCUUGAGUCAACAACCACCCUCUACCCUCGCAAGAGCUUGAUCACCCUCGACCCUCGCAGAGCUUUAGUCACCCCCUUGCAUGUUCCCCGUCGCCAGAGGAAGUGUCACAUGCCCGCCCAGUUAUAG